GCGGAGUUGCGGCGUACACAGGCGCGGGCCUGGAUCCUGAAUGCAGCCGAAUCCAAUGCUUGCGCUGCCUGGCUUUGCUACCUUGCGCGUGUUUGUAGAGGGCAGGCGCCCAUAAGCAUACCUGCACUACUUCAUUAUCAGCAGAAUGCCGAACAUACUGCUCGGGCCAACACAACCGAAAUGCCCGUAGCGAUGCUUGCAAUUCGCUGACUUUCCUAACACCAGGACUCGUGACGACGCACUGAUAAUUACUAUAUUGGUUAAGAGUAUUAAUCAUGGAGGACCCUGCUUCGCCGGGCAUCCUCACGCCGCUGACGCCCCCGGCGCGUUCUAAAGGCGACCUGCGGAAGACCUACAUAUCGAGGGCCAAGCGCAAUGAUGCAUUGCGCCGAGGUGAAGCCAGGGCCAGAUACACGGCUUCCGCCAAAACAUUUGGCACGGAGUGGGGUGUGGGCGUGGGGCUUCACUUCGAGCUGAUGAAGUGGCUGCGAUACCUCUUCCUCUUCCUCAUCGUCUGCGCGAUCCCCUUCAUGAUUGUCAUCGGCUGCAGCGUCUUCACGGACGCGAUCCACAUGGAAGACCACACCUACGGCAUCAAGAAGUACCCGCCGACAAAGAUUCACAGCCUCACAUUUGCUGCCAUCGUGGAUGACACCAUUGAUAACGGCACGCUACAGUACAUGAACACCCAGAUCUGGCGGCAGUGGAAGGGGCCCAUGUUCAAGUCCACCUUCCUUACAUGGAUCAGUCUGGUGGAUGCAGGCGCCAUGCUGCUGUUCUGCGCGGGCCUUGUGGCGCUGUGGUACCACCUGAGGCGCUUCGCCAACUACAUGGACCGCACCACCCUGGAGGCCGCGGACUACACGGUGCUGGUGCGGGGGCUGCCGGCGGACGCGGACGCGGCGCAGGUGGGCGAGCACUUCUCGCGCUACGGUGACGUGAUGGACGUGGUGCUGGUCACGGACCGCCUCAGCGCCACGCUUGCGGACUGCGGCCGCGCCGCGCACCUGCAGCAGAAGCGGGCCAUGGUGCUGGACGCGGCAGCCGUGCGCAACGGGGGAGACUCGCACCUGCCCAAGCUGGAAAAGCUGGAUGAGCGCAUCGCCGGCAUCGCGGAGGACAUCCGCGAGGUGGCGGAGAAGCCGCAGCGCGUGCGUGCCGCCUUCGUGACAUUCAACUCGGAGAACGAGCGCCGCGCAUGCAUCAAGCAGUGCCCCAACAACUGGCUGUCGUGCCUCAUCCAGUCGCGCGCUGACCGCUACUUGAACCACUGCCGCUUCUGGGUGCGCCACGCCGCCGCCCCCGAGGACUACACACUGGAGCACCUGGCGGUGGCGGAGUGGCAGCUGGCGGCGCGGGAGCUGUUCGUGUGGAUUGUGACGCUGGUUCUGGUGCUGCUUUGCGCCGCCGCCAUUACGAAGCUCACUGACGUUAGCAACGCCGAGAGCUCCACGCUCAACUGGUACUCCAGCACCCUCUAUACCAGCACUGCCGCGGCCGUGCGCACGGCCAAGACCGCUGCCAGCGUGUCCGCAGCAGCUGCCCGCUCCAACCGCACCGCCCAGCUCUCAGAUUUCUGCUCUGCCGAGCUUUCGAUAACCUGCAGUCAGCUGCUGUCAGCCCGCAUCAACACCACGGCAGGCGUGAAGCUGGGCUGGGGUGCUCUGCCGUCUUGGAACAGCAGCCUGGAGCGGCUCCUGUUCGAGCGGCCCCUCACGGCGGCGCUGCAGGGGUGCGCUUACGGCCUGCCGGCCAGCGGCACAGCCGGUUCCGGCAUCAUCGGAAGCGGUGCCGCCUGCGGCCUCGAGACCUGCCUGCCCUGCGUGUGCUUGGGUGUGGCCGAGACGCCAUCCCUCACCACCGGCGCCGCCGGCCGCGUUGCCGCCACCCAGAUCUGCGACCCAUACAUCGACCAGUGGGAUGUGCGGAGCUGGGGCAUCCGUCUGGCCAUCUCACUGGUGGUGGCGGUGCUGAACGCCGCGAUCAAGUGGCUGCUGCGCGGCCUGGUGCGGCUGGGCCGCCACUGGACGCACACCGACCGCGAGAGGUCCUACGCGCUGCAGUGCUUCCUGGCCAUGCUGGUCAACACCGUGGCGGUGCUGCUGCUCACCAACGCGCAGUCUCUGGGCGAGCUGGCGCGAGACAGCCCCCAUGGCGCCUGGCUGCGCUACUUUGUGCGGUACGGUGCCUAUGAUGACUUCAGCGCCCUGUGGUACGAGAAUGUCGGCCUGUCCAUCAUGAUCCUGAUGCUCAUCAACACGGCCAGCCCGCUGCUGAACAUCGCCACAGAGGCUGCCUGGCAGGCGCUGCUGCGCUGCCGCGUGCACUACUGCCUCACCUGGCCCCUGCAAGGAGACUUCGACGAGGCCUGGGCGCGGCCGCGGUUCACGCUCGAGCACCGCACUGCCGACCUGCUCCUGAACGCUUCCCUGGCUCUGCUGUUUGGCAGCGGCAUGCCGCUGCUGUACCUGGUGUUCGCCGGCUACCUGCUGGUGGCGGAGCUGGCGGACCGCUGGGCGCUCACCAAGCUGUGCAGCGGCAGCCCGCGCUACAGCAAGGGCCUCAUGCGCCUCGUCAUGGGCCUGCUGCCCUGGAUGGCCGUGGCUCACUGCGCCUUUGGGCUGUGGAUGCACACCUAUUUCCAAGUGGUGGCGCCUGCGGAUGCCACUGGUGCGCUGGUCGGCGGCGGUGACGUGGCGUCGCUGAGCGCCGCCGUGCGCGCCACCAAUGCGCGGCUGUCGGGCGCCAACGGCGACCUGAACGCGCUGCAGAGCAGUGGCACCUGGCAGCGCAUCACGCAGCCCAACGGCCUGGCUCUUCUGCUGCUGUUUGUGCUGUUGUCGCUGUGGCUGCUUAUCGGCAGGUAUAUUCUGUGGCGCCUGGCAGCGUGCAUGGGCCGCGCCGCGGCGCGCGCUUGCUGCCCGCACUCCUGGCUGUUGCGGCUGCAGCUGGAUAGCGAGGCCACAGUGGCAUGCGCCUGCACCUAUGCGGAGGCGCUGGUUGCCCGCGAGCUGCACGGCACGCCCACCUACCGUCUGGCAAACCACCCCCACUACACGCAGUACUUCGCCGCCAGCGGCCUCAACCGCGCCGUGGGCGUGGCGGCGCUGGUCGCGGCGGCGGCCAGUGGCGGCGCGGGCCGCAACAUCUACACCCGCCUGAGGACUGUGCGCCGGCGCGGCACACGGCUUGCGGGCGCGCCCUCCUUCCAGAUCCUACCGCACGCGAUCACCGACUCCGCUGCGGCUAGCGAGGGCACCAGCGCUGGUGUUAGUGCCGGCGCCAGCAAGGCCAGCCUCAGCGUCGCGGCCGGAGCAAAUGCAACCACAAGCGUCACCGCCACCGGCGACACUGGUGUCGUGUUCGCUGCCGCCAUGGCGGCACUGGCUAAUGACAACGCCAUGGCAGCGGCGGCCGCAGGCACAGCUACCAAGGGCAAUGAGGCGAAGGAUGUGCCGCUCCCGCCCAUCAAGGACAGCAACGUCAUCAGGGCUGCGCAGCCGGUGGAGGCGAUGCUGCGCGGCCCGGAUGUGGACGCGGUGCAGCUGCUCGAGGCGGAGGAGGAGCUGGCGGCAGUACUGGAGGCCAGCGCGCGGGAGUAUGCCAGCCUGCAGCAACGGCAGGUGCAGCCGCAGCAGGAGCGGUACCCGCAGGUGGCGGGCAUGGGGCUGCCGACGUCGGUGGAGGCGGGUGUGUUGCCGCUGGCGGUCGGCGAUGGUGUUGUGGUUGUGGUAGGCACGCCGCAGCGGCAGCAACCUGGCACCCUGCCGCCGCCGCCGCCUGUGCUGCCCCCAGCUCCAACCGCUGCUUCACCACAACCUGUGGCGGCGCAGUCGCCGUUCUAUGCACCCGUGCCCGCCGCCACUGCGGCACUGGGCGCGAGCCCAGCCACUGCCUCCUGCGUGAUCACAGCCUCAGGCGGCGUGGCGGCAGUAGGCGCGGGCAGCGGCCGCCUCAUCGGCGCUAGCGCACUUCGGAUAGAGCUGCCGGGCGAGACAGCACCAGCGCCACCGCUGUCACCCCCUAGUAGCUGAGGCUCGAUGGCAAUCGCGGUGCGGUGCUGUGCAGAUGGCGAGGGAGCGACGCAAUCGAGUGCCGUGCUCCUGCCGCAAGGGAUGCGGGCCCCGCAACUCAUGCGCAAGGUCAGCGCUAGUGCGUCGAUGAGACCUGUGCAGACCCACAUUUGCACCGUAGGAAACCGUAGAAAAAUUGGAUCAGGCGAGGGGCCGGCACGGCCAGUCAUACUUACGCCUAGUGAUCAGGAGCACGCAGUUGCAUGCCCUAUCUGAUGCAUGGCGUUUACAUCAUUGUGCGACUGUCAUACGCAGAGCACGCAAAAUUUGACACAUCCAUUGAUUGAUUCUUCUGACCGGCCCCUUUGAUUGGGCUACUAGGGUUUCUAGGCACGGUUUCUAGGCACCGGGCUCGGGCGUCGCAGGCGGGACCAGUGACUAAACAGCAUGCCGUAUUGCAUCAGCAGGGACUAGGGAGGGCCGGAUAUGGUCAGACCGUGCGUGUGGCUGCCCAACAAGAGUGCCCUGCAUAGGUAGACGCCAAGUGCUGGUAUGACGACAUAGGCCACACGCACACAGGUGUUAGAUGUCUCGAUACCAAAUGAAAGGAAUAGACUUCCGUUGGCUGAAGCUGCAGUUGUGUGAACUAAUGUACUGACUUGGGCCAGCACAGAAGGCACGACAAUACAACUUACACAUGCAAAGUUCCCGAGCGCAUAAGAACUCUCGGGGCAAGAUCGCGUACGGCGAUCCUCAUGCAAGUCUGCAUGCAAGUCUGGAAGUCUGAACGUCGCAAGCUCUGGAACGUAACCACCUUUAAUCCU